CAUAUAACUUAUAAAUGCCGAGUAAAUAUUAGUAAUUUUUUUUUUUUAACAAAAUUAACGUGUACCGAGACCGACAUCCAUAUUUCGCUGGAAUAAUAUCAACAUCUUGGAAAGUUAGGUGUUAUCAUUUCAUUUUUGGAACAAGUAACAGCGUUGAUAACAGUGCACUAAGUAGAGUUCAUAGCCACGGGGCUUAGGAUUGGCCUGUAAUUGAAAUAAUUAUAAAAAAGUAUUUUUAGUUUGUAUAGUAAAGUUUUCAUUUUUUUCAACGUUUCAUAUAAAUAUUGAUUAAUUACCACUAUUUACUCGAAAUUAGAUGGAUGUAAAAUAAUUUGUCAGCUCCAAAAUGUCUUUGCUCCAACUUUUAGAGGAUGGUGAAGACGAAAACGCUGUCAAAUCUUUGAUCAGCACCGACGGCCUGGAUAAUAAUAAUUUAACAACUCAAAAUGAUGAAGGACAAACUGCAUUACAUUUGGCAUCGGCACGUGGGAUCCACAAUAUCGUUGACAUUCUAUUGAAAAAAGGAGCCAACGUUAGUUCAGUAGACUUGAACGGGAAUACGCCAUUACACUUAGCUAGCCGAAAUGGACAUGUGUCAAUCAUUAAAAUUUUAUUAAACAAGAAACCUGAAAUUUCCGUAAACCAGAAUUAUAAUGGUGACACUGCACUACAUAUUGCUUGUCGUUAUGGAUUUUUAAAAUGUGUCGCUAAAUUAGUAGAAAACCAUAUUAUGACAAUUGAAAUAACAAAUCACAAUUUAGAUACUCCACUUUCAGUGGCUAUUUCUGAGAAACAUGAAGAAGUUGCUCUUUAUUUACUUAACAAAAUACCAGGGAAUAUAGAUACCUUUAAUAACGAUGGUAAUGCUGCUAUUCAUAUUGCUGCUCAAGAAGGUUUGUUAAGUGUUGUCGAAGCUAUAGUUAACUUAGGCUAUAGUUCAGAGUAUCCAAAUGGAAGAGGACUUUAUCCAUUACACAUUGCUACAAAAAAUGGACAUAUUGAUAUUAUUAGGUAUUUGUGUAUUAUGGGAAGUGAUCCACAAAGACGCAACUCAGACAAUAUAAAACCGGAAAUUAUUGCCAUUAAAAAUAACCAAAAAGAUAUUAUUUCACUGUUCAAUAAAUUAAAUAAUAAUAGCGCAAAAGAAAAUUAUAUUCAACAAUUUGUAAUCAGUGAUGAACUUGUUCAAAAUACUAAUAUACUCCUUUUUGGGCAAUCUGGUGCUGGAAAAUCAUCUAUCAUAAAAUUAAUGAAAUUGGGACUCUUUUCAAUGCUACUUGGCAAGUCACGUAACACAUUAAGGACUAUAAACAAUAACAGAACAUUUCUGUCUCAAACACAAUGUACUAAUGGUAAUGAAAUAGUCCUUACUGAGUAUGUUUCAAAUACUCCAACUUAUUAUAAGCAUGAUAGUACCAAGGGUAUAGUGGUUCAAAAGGAAAAGUUAUCAGGCAUUGGUGAUUGCACAUUUUGGGAUUUUUCUGGUGAAGACACGUAUUAUAAUUCUUACCAUCAUGUUAUACAAAACACACCUAACAAAAUAAUUGUAAUUGUUUAUAAUCAGCAACAAUCAUUAGCAAUUAGUUUGAAAAUCAUACAAUUUUGGCUGAGUUUUGUACAAGCUAGACUUCAUAUUCCAGGAUAUAUAUUUAAAAAUGGUGUUUCGAGUCAUUUAAUACCUGUGUUAAUAGUAGCAAGUCACAGUGGCCAAAAAAUAUGUCAACAACCUGAGAAUAACCUACUAACGAAAAUCAAAGAAGAAUAUGGACACGUGUUUAAUGUAUACGAACGAAUCAUUAUGUUUGACAUUUUGGCAGUUGAUUCGUUAAGCAUCAAAAACAUUAAAGAAGCUAUUAGUGAUUGUAAAAAACGGCUGCAUACUAAUAUUCCCCGAAUGAAUGGUUUUUGUGAGGCUGUCCUUAACUUCUUACCUAAACUAAGAAGGAUCGCUCAUCCAUUUCCCGUGUUAUCGUGGAAAACAUUUUGUGAUACAAUUCAUCUGGAAGUAAAUCCGUUGGCUACAAGUCAACACCUAGAAAUGCUCCUCGUGCAACUUCAAAAUCACGGAGAAAUACUGUAUCUCAAAUCUGGACUACAACCAGAUCUAAUUGUUAUUUCGCCCAGUUGGUUUGGUACAAAUAUUAUUGGUACAUUGUUCUCGGUUGACUUUUUAACCAGCCAAACACGCAUGACGGGUUCAUAUCAACCAAAUGAUUUUCAAAGCAUGUUUCCAUACUACGACGCCAUGUCUGUUUUACAGUUAUUAGAAACGAUGAAAUUAUGUGUUCAAUAUGAUAAUGACGGAGAUGUUGAAUAUGAAUUUCCAGCCUACAUAAUUAGAGAAAAAGACGAAACCCUAUGGAAACCAUGGGGAAAUGUAAAUGACUCAUGCUAUGGGGGUGUUCGAUUAAAUACACAGCCAUCAUUUGUCGAGCUAUUUACUUCAAUAUUCAUGCAAAUACAAGUUGAAUUACGAUACUUGCAAAAUAAUUAUUGCGAAGAAAUGGAUAGUUUCUUAUAUCAAUGGUACGGUGGUGCAAUAUUAUGUGUUAAUAAUAUCGAGUGCAUGAUAUCACUUGAACAAGAUAAUAAUUGUAUUGAAGUAAAAAUUCGUGGAUCCAAAACAUCCAGUUAUACAUGUUUUUAUUUUCUGGAAGAAAUUUUGCAUUCCAUAAAUUUAGUUUUAAUCGAAACUUGUCCAGGAAUGAAAAUAAUUAAAGAAUUCUUAAGCCCUUCAGACUUGUCAGAACACUAUGCACAGCCACAUGGUUAUGGAAUUGAUGAUGUAUACUAUUCUAUUAAAAGCAAAUCCAAAUUUAAAUCUCAUGUUACGAAUCCACUAACAGGAAAAAGAGAAUGUAUAAUGGAUUUGGUCGCCUUUGGAUGUGAAUUAGUUGAAGAUAUACUAUCUAGUACAGAAGAUUUACCUUUAACUGAGUUAAGUCCAAUAUGCCGACAAGAACUAAGUCGUCUUAUUGAUCCAGUUCACCCACUAGGUAAAGACUGGGCAUUGUUUGCUCUAAAUAUUGGGCUAGAUUCUAGAGUCCAACAAUUUGACAAUGAACCAACUAGCCCUUUCUUAUCGCUAAUUGACAUAUGGGCAACUAACCAGCCUGCACCUACAAUAGGGAUGUUGAUUGAUCGACUGAAUGAAAUUGAACGUAAAGAAGGGGUAUUAGUUAUUCUACAGCACAUUCAAUGUUACAGGAUUAAAACUAUGGAUAUCAAUAUUGUUCCGUAACUGACAUUUAGUUUAAUUUUUCCUCCAUAUUUAUUGUUGAUGAUAAUUAGCACCUAAGCUCAUUAUAAAAAAAUAUAAAGUCUAGUCAAUUAAAUUUUAUAAUAUUAAUG